CUCAAUGUUAUGUUUUAACUUUCCUUGACUUCCUUGAGCCUUGACUGUCAAAACCACUAUGAAAAAUUAUUAUCAUUAUUAUAGUUAUUAAUUGCAAUAAACAAGUGCCCACAAAUUCCCCAUUAAAAAACCAUAAUCCUCCUCGCAUUGCGAUGAGUGGACAUUAAAAUAAUUGGAUAUUCCAAAAAAUCCAAUAUCCAUAAUUACACCAUCUACCAUUCAAUUAAUUAACACAUUAACCCAACAAUGAAGACCUGGCGGCUAUCUACUUCUAAAUGUUUGGCCAGUCUUUCCUUGUUAAAAUGCCAAACAAGUCGUCAAAAUUGUUUUUCAAAUGUUUCUUCUAUUGCGCAAAGUUUCUGGGAAUGACUUUUUUCAAAAUUACCAAUAAAGGACGACUCAAAACCUCGAGAAGUGUUCAAAUUGUUUCCAUUCUAUCAAGACUUUUCUGCUUAGCUGGUUUCGCUCCUUAUUUGUUCGAAGAAGGCUUUAGUGACAUUAUCGACGUACAACGACUUCCUAUCCGAAUAAUGGCCAUAGUGCAGACUUUUUCCAUAAUAGUCGCAAUUCUUGUGUGUUUUAUUUUUCAAACUAUCAAACAGAAGGAGUUUAUCAGUAUCAUAAAUCGUGCUUUGGACAUUUUUCAUCAAAUAUCGUCAAUAAAAGCUAAUUUUGAAAUUAUCGGCCUUCAGGUGUAUCUUGUAAUUGUUUUACGGAUUUUCAUAAAUAUUGCGAUGAUAUUUUCCGAAUCGUCAAGAUUAACGGAUGUUAAAAUGUCGUUUAAUCCUUGUUACUUUGUCUUUUUUGUUUUGAGAUCAUACCUUUGGUUUGGAACACUCAUUGUUGUGGACCUUUUGUGUUUGGGAUUUGUGGUAUCUUCGCAAAUGUAUCAAGCAAUUGGCGAUAAAUUGAAAGUUCUGGCAAAACGUGCUGAAAAAUUGGAAAAUUGGAAUUGUUCGAUGACAUCAUUUCGGCGAAUGCAAUUGCUUUGUGAUUUUUCAGAUGAAUUGGAAAAAUAUGCAAAAAUAUAUUCGGAAAUUUUUAAACUUACCAAUGAGUUCCACACAUUCAUACAAUUGUUUAUAUUGUUUAUGUUUUAUACGGAUUUUGUGAUUUUAAUUGGAAAUAUUCAUCAUACUUUUUUGAUUUACAUGGCAAGUGGAUCUAUAAAAUGGAGCUUACUCACUAUCAGUGGGAUUCAGGGAACACAAAUUGUUUUUUACAUUUUUCUGGUAGAUAAGGCAGUGAAAAGCUCGAAAAUUCCAGAACAUAUCAAUUUGGAUCUUAUUGUUUCGGAUGUGGAACCUCGAUGGGAUAAAAGUGUGGAUCAGUUUCUAAAUCAACUUAAAUUUCAAGACUUAAAUCUCGAUGUUUAUGGUUUAUUUCGACUCAAUAAUGAGCUUUUGCUGAUGGGAUUUUCAGCGAUAGUUUCGUAUUUGACGAUUAUGAUACAAUUUCAAAUGCUCGGGUUUUUUAAGGAUGAAGUGUGA